UUGUUUUUAGGGAGGGGGGAGGGGGGAGGGGAAGAGCCCUUUCAUUGAUAAAGACCGGUGGUGGGCCCGGUCUUUCUAACGCCAUCUUGCUCUUAUUUUCUUCUUCAAGCAUUCACCCCUCCUAUUAUCUUCCCGAGAAAGCCUAUCCGUACUUCUUCGAUUCCCUCACACUGCCGACUAACCGAAAGAACCUUGAGCGUAAAGCCAACUGAUCCAAUUGCCCAUCAUGGCUACCAAGGUUCAGCUCAUCCCCAACUUGAAGUACAAGAGGUCUGGCACCAAGUCCUAUGUGCACCUCUUGCGCAAGUAUCGCUUCAAUCCGACCCAGGAGGGUCCUUACUUCUUCGGUGGCUCCCUCCACCAGGUCGGUCGGGUGUACACCGACAAGGCCGUGGGUGGCCGGGCGCAUAUUCGGCGGGAGCUGAAGAAGCGCAAGGUGGGCACUGAUCAGGUUGGCGAAGUCAGCGCAGAAGAUGUGCAGAACGAUUCCGAGUACCUGGCUCAAGUGAGCAUCGGCACUCCUGCCCAGACCGUGAGUCUGGACUUUGAUACUGGCUCGGCCGAUCUGUGGGUCUGGUCCACCAAGCUCCCCUCUGCCACCCUCUCCGAGUACGGCAAGAGCCACAGUGUGUUCGAUCCGUCCAAGUCAAGCACCUACCAAGAGAAAGACGGCUACACGUGGCAGAUCUCGUACGGCGAUGGCUCCUCUGCGUCGGGGUCGGUCGGAACCGACAACGUGAACAUCGGCGGCAUCACGGUCAAGAACCAGGCCGUCGAGCUGGCCGAGAAGAUGUCAACCGAAUUCGCCCAGGGUGCCGGGGACGGACUGCUGGGGUUGGCGUUUGGCAACAUCAACACCGUCAAGCCCAAGGGUGUCAAGACCCCCGUAGAGAACAUGAUCUCGCAGGAUGACAUUCCGAACUCGUCUGCUCUGUUCACGGCCAAGCUGGGCUCUUGGCGUGAUGCCAACGAGCCGGACAAGGGCGAGUCCUUCUACACGUUCGGUUACAUUGACGAUGCCACCGUGCAAUCGUCCGGACAGGAGAUAUCUUACGCAUCCAUCGACAACAGUGAGGGAUUCUGGAUGUUCGAGUCUACUUCCGCCACGGUGAAUGGGAAGACCAUUACUCGCUCGGGGAACAAGGCGAUCGCUGACACUGGCACGACACUGGCGCUGGUGGACGAUGACACUUGCAAGGCCAUCUACGAUGCUAUUCCGGGCGCGUACUAUGACAGCGAGACCCAGGGUUACAUCUAUCCCUCCGAUACCACGGAGGAUAAUCUACCUGUUGUUUCGUUUGCCGUAGGCGACGAGCAGUUCGUCGUACAGAAGGAAGAUCUGGGUUUCGCCGAAGCCAAGACUGGCUAUGUCUAUGGUGGUAUCCAGAGCCGUGGCGAUAUGACCUUCGACAUCCUGGGAGACACAUUUCUGAAGAGUAUUUAUGCCGUCUUCGAUGUCGGCAACCUUCGCUUCGGAGCUGUCCAGCGCAAGGAGCUGCAGCAGAACCUUUCCCUGCCCUCCGAGUCUCUUAACCGACAGGAGUUGUAAGUGGUUCAAUGAGAUUAUGUAUGUGACUAGCGUAUGUACUAUGGAAGUUUGAAUGCAGUGAUGAUAGUUUGCAAG